GGGUGGCGGUGUGUGUGUGUGUGUGUGUGUAUGUGCAGCGGCGGUGCUCGCGUCUACUCCUGGGCGCGGUUGGGUAUAAAAGAGAGCGGGUGACGCGGGUCGGCGACAGUUGGUGAGCGGAGCGGCGGCGAUAACUUUCACCGCCAUCACCACGACGACGACGACGACGAUGAUGAUGAUGUCGACGACGACGACGGCGGGAAUGGAGGAGAGCGGGGCCGGGGCCAGGCCUCUGGCCAACCUCGACCACCCGCCCAACAGCCGCCUCUUCCUGGUCAUCAGCAAGUCGACGCCGGAGGAGGUGAUCCGUGACAAGUUCUCCUACUACGGCGAGGUGCAGGACAUCUGGGUGGUGCGCGACAAGCAGACCAAGGACCACAAGGGCAUCGCCUACGUCAAGUUCGCCAAGUCGUCGCAGGCCUGCAAGGCCAUGGAGGAGAUGCACGGCAAGGCCCUGACCGAGGACACCAAACCCAUCAAGGUGUUUAUCGCACAGUCCAGAGGAUCAGGAAGCCACAGGGACGUGGAAGAUGAGGAGUUGACGAGGAUUUUUGUAAUGAUUCCUAAGUCCUACUCUGAAGAUGAUCUGAGGGAAAACUUUAAGGAAUUUGGAGACAUUGAAUACUGCAGUGUUAUCAAGAAUAAAACUACAGGGGAGAGCAAAGGCUUUGGCUAUGUGAGGUUCCUGAAGCCAUCUCAAGCUGCGCAAGCAAUUGAAAACUGUGAAAGAACUUUUAAGGCAAUACUCGCGGAACCUCGAAACAAACAAAAUAUAUUUUCUGAAAAUGAAUAUAUGAAUGCACCCAGACAAGAUGCCACAGUUUAUGGAACAGGAUAUGAACCUUCAAGAGUCCAAAAUACGUCUCCUUUUGGGGAGUUUGGCAGCUUUGGAAUGAGUGAAGUAAGAGGAGGAGAAAACAUUUCCACAUGCCUUUCAGUGACCACGAGAGGAGUCCUUACACAUGAACAGGUUUAUAGUAUAUUUGAUCUCAUCCCAGGGCUGGAGUGCUGUGAAAUUCAGAGAGAUCCCUACAUGGGCUACAGCAAAGGAUAUGCUCUUAUUCGAUACAACAAUGUGGCCUCAGCAGUCUAUGCAAGAGAAAAGCUGAAUGGAUUUGAAUAUCCACCUGGUAAUAGACUGGGAGUCAGUUAUGUUGAGGACGAAUCUGGAGAUAGGCGAUCAAAUCCAGUUGGAAUGAUGGCCUUGCAGCUGGUGGCAGCUCAGAUGAUGUCAAUGGUCUGUGGUGGUCCCACUGGACAGCAGAUGAUGCCACCUCCUGUGAGUACCGAACUACAGGCUUAUGGAGGAAGCACCAGUACUACUCAGAUAUCUCGGCUUCAGGUUGAUUUUUCUGUACCUCCAUGUCAGCAGUUUGCUCCUGUUGAAAGUGCCGUCAGAGAGAGACUGUUUGUGGUCUUUAAUCCAGCUGUUUUGCCUCUUGACAUAUUGGAGGACCUGUUCUGUCGUUACGGGAACCUGAUAGAUGUUUACUUGGUGCCGGGCCGUAAUAUUGGCUACGUCAAGUUUGCUGAAAGGGCCAAUGCCGCCGAAGCCAUGGAGGCUUUGCAUGGCAAAGUUGUCAAUGGUGUGAAACUCAAAGUAAUGUUAGCUGAUCCUCCGAGGGAAGAGUCGCACAAGCGACAGAGAACACACUAAGAAUCUGCAAGGAAGGUUGUGUCCAGAAUGAGGACAAAUGACAUGACACAUCAGAUGACUGACUAGUCACCUGACAGGACACAGUGACUUCCACUCGUGACGUUUGCUAGUAACCGAACAGUUUUUUUUAUUUUCUGGGAAUGGACAGCGAGUGAAGACCUUGACAGAUAUUGACUACUGUGUUUUAAAAUAGGUAGAAAAAAAAAUGCUCCCCAGCUUGAAGACAUUUGCUCUAAUCCAUGUAACCUUUGCAUUCCCAGCUUUGAGUUGAAUUGUAGUUGUUGUGCAUUCCUUUCUUAUAGAAUUUGUGCGGAACAUAAUAAAUUUGUUUGAAACAUUC